AUGCUCAUUCUUCUCCACGCAGUCAUCCAAAGCGAAUGGGAAUCCGACGCCAAGCCAGCAUCUGCAGCGUCUCCUCAGAACAGUCAGAACGGCAAUGGAGAGCUCUCACUUCCCCAGAAGAUGCUUGAGUCGGCUGCUACGUCGUUCGCGUCCAUACUUGUCCUUGCCGCAGGAUUUGGCAUCGCUGGCUAUGCCUAUCACAAGUCCUACAAACGCAUCGUUCUCAACAAGAUGGCCAAUGCCUUUGAGCCAGGCGACCCUGUUCUCGAUCUCGCGGCCAUCGGCAAAGAGGUGCCCAUGACACCAGCCGAUAUGGAUGACCGCUGGGUCAAUCGGCCUGAGCAGCUUCGUGUCGACCAGAUCGUCCAGGGCGAAGAAGUUGGACAUUAUCAUCUUCUUAUUGGCGACAAGGGCACUGGGAAGAGCAGCAUGCUGAUCGAGGCCAUGCGCAAGAUUGAUGGCGACGGCGUCGCCAUGUUCGAGGCCCACGCCGACCUGGAAAUCGUUCGUAUCCGCCUUGGCAAGGCCCUUGACUUUGAGUUCCACGAAGACUACAUCGGCGGUUACUUCAGUGAGCGUGGCCCCCGCGACACCACAGCACUCCUGGACAUCGAGCGCGCCCUCAACAAGCUUGAGAAGGUGGCACUCCUUAAGCGAGCUGAGCGCAAGAAGCCGCUGGUGCUCAUCAUCAAUCAGAUGCACUUGAUCCGUGACGACGAUGACGGCAAGGAUCUCAUUGAACUACUUCAGCAGCGUGCGGAGCAAUGGGCGGCAGCCAACCUUGUAACCAUGGUCUUCAACAGCGACGACUUUUGGGUGUAUGAAAGGCUGAAGCAACUGGCCACGCGAAUGGAAGUCAUCCCUGUACUUGACCUUCCCAAGGCGCAAGCUUCGAUUGCGCUGCAGAAGUAUCGAGUCCGCUACUUUGGGCAACAAGUGUCGGCUCGCGAGCUGGAAGAGGUGUACGACCUCGUUGAAGCUACGACACUCCGCAUCGCCGACAUUGAGAGUCUUGGCCGCCAGCGCGAAUUGGUCGCCAAAGAUUUGGUACUGGGAGGACAUUACGAGAUCGCCAAACAGGGGAGCAACGGAUUUACCGUCAAGGUGGUCCCAGUCCCCAGUCUCAAGACAAGUCUUUUCACUCCGCCAAAAAGGUGCACAUGCCAAGUCCGUCAGAACUGGAUCGACGAUGUCUCUUCUACCCCGCCGCCCAUCCAUCCACCUGCCAAGCCUGGCAUGCACGCAGACCUGCAGCUUCCUCACUUGUCACAUGCGCACAAGAGUGGGUAA